ACCGAGCGUUGGGCAUCGAUAUCGGCACCGCUGCCUCAAAGACUUGGUCAGUGGUGAAAGCGUAGUCAAGGAUGUGUGUAUGCUUUACGAAGAAAGGUAGCUAAAGUUGUUACGGCUACAAUGGACACCGCGCUGACCCACGCCAUGACUGCCGUGCUACUCGUUGAGUCACGAAACAGAGUCCGUCCCUGGUCUCCCAUAUUUCCGGUGCCUUGGCCAAUCAUGCAAAUGUGUAAGGCUUGCUGAAACGAACAGAAGCUGAACGCAAGGUUCAUUUAGGUUGAACAGAUUGCGACAUGCGAACGUAGGUGUGUGGCGUUUGAGGAUUGAGGUGAUGACAACAAGGACUUGUUUUAGAUAUUGAUGCUGGUAAUAUCGAGUGUGACACUUUCUAGGAAAGAGCUAACGAGAACCAGGUUCACCUCCUCUAAACCCUACCACUUCAAACUCGGCUCAUAUAUCAUACAUGCAUGCCAUCGUCCAAAACAUUUUGAUAGAACCUAUCAUUUGCUGAACUCAUGUCUAUGUGAGUCCCCGACAUCACAUGCAUCUCCACAUCUUACAUCUAAUCACCCACUAAGCAUAGGUGUCAAACGCACCAUGAUACUGGAGAUGAGCACUCCCACGCUUUCAACAACGAUUACUCGCACCGAAUCAUAUCAUAAAUCGUCCAAGCUGGCAUGGCUAUCUACCAAUCCAGCGCAUUGCUUCGUUUCGUUUCGCUUUCGUGUUCAUUCAAUCAUUCCCCCACCCCCUCUUCCUCCCCCAAAAUGUAUCAGGAUUCCGAGCCAAAACCUUUGUGCAGAGAAUCGAUGCAAGACAAGCCCCCCACGUAUUGGAACAAGAAAGAGAAGUUUCAUUAAUCCGCCCAAACGCCCUUCGCUCAGCCUGAGGAUCUGUCCCAAAAAGUAUCCGAAAACGGUUUGCGGACUGUACUGCCCAGGGUUUUCAUCGGCGCGAUUAGCGGCGACGCGCUGGCGUUGUAUACGUGGUCAUGUAAUCUGACGGAACCGCGGUGCUCGCUCACAGAAUCUGCUUGAGCUGCUCUUUUUGAUGUCCCGUGAGCGACUUCGGGAACUUGAUGCGCACGCCGACAACGAAGUCGCCGCGCUCAUUGGGCUUC